AUGAAGGUCCUGCUGAUGCUGGCAGUGGUGCUUGCCUGCAGUGUGUUUACAGCUCACGGGAAGCACCCACGUGGGUUUGCACCAGGACUUGAGGGAAGCACCGUGGGAAAUCUGACUGCUCACGGCUGUUACUCGCGAUGGGGCAGCGGCGGCACGGCUUCAGCGGACCGGUGCUGCCUGCUCCGUGCCUGCUGCUAUGCCAAGCUGGCUGCACGGCGGUGCCGCCUGGGACCCAUCCAGCCCCUCCCAACAUCCCGGGCAGGGAUCCCCAUCUGCAGAUCUGGGACCUGGUGCCAGAGAGGUGCCUGCAGAUGCGAGAGGGCAGCCUGGCUCUGCCGGAUGCGCGGCCGGGGGCUGCUCCGGCGCCGCGGGAUGUGCCGGGGCCGAGCCGGGCGGUGUUGA